ACGUUUCGUAUUCUCUGCCUACUUUGGUUAGCCUUUACUCAGCACUUGCGUUCGUUAAGUUACCAAGUUUUUCGUUUCCAAACUUUCGAUUAGUUCCGUAGAGUCAAGCCGAUUUGUUGUCAAUUCACUGCACCGUAUAUUUUUUAAAAGCUUUCCUAUACAUUCGAUUUUGGUUCUGACAGCUGUAACUGUUGGACAAAGUGAUUUAACCAUCCAGCACUCUCCCCCACAUAUUACUGCAGAAGUCUUCCACAGUACUGUUUCUCAUCUGCACAGGCAUUGUCAUCCGCAUCAGCAUCGUCACCUCAUCUUGACAAUUUAGGACCUCCUCAGCAGCAAAGACGGAGUUGGACGAUCAGUUGGAAGAAGCCGGCCUCAUGAACGGAAUGGAGGGCGGCGGCGGGGGUGGACAACAGAACGGUGGCUGCGAAGACUCGAAGACGAAUCUGAUUGUCAACUACCUGCCCCAGACAAUGACACAAGAAGAAAUCCGAUCACUAUUUUCCUCCAUCGGCGAGGUUGAGUCUUGCAAACUCAUCCGAGACAAGGUUACAGCAGGCCAGAGUCUAGGCUACGGAUUUGUGAACUAUGUUCGGCCAGAAGAUGCAGAAAAAGCCAUUAACACAUUAAAUGGCUUGCGUCUGCAAAACAAAACAAUAAAGGUGUCGUAUGCCCGUCCGAGCAGCGAAGCCAUAAAGGGUGCCAACCUGUACGUGAGCGGCCUGCCAAAGACCUUCACUCAACAGGACCUGGAGGCACAGUUCUCCCCGUUCGGGCGCAUCAUCACCUCGAGGAUAUUGUGUGAUAACAUCACAGGUAAUAGUGGCGGUCUCUCCAAAGGCGUUGGCUUUGUCCGCUUCGACCAAAGAAUGGAAGCAGAGCGAGCCAUCAAGCACCUCAACAACACAAUUCCGGAAGGAGCCACUGAUCCGAUCACAGUCAAGUUCGCUAACAAUCCCAGCAACAACGUGAAGGCCCUGGCGCCCCUGGCAGCCUACCUGUCCCCCCAGCGUAGGUUCCCAGGGCCCAUCCACCACCCUGCAAACCGCUUCAGGUAUUCUCCCCUCGCUGGAGACCUUUUGGCCAAUCCUCUGCUAGCAGGCACAGCCAUCAAUGGAUCUGGUUGGUGCAUCUUCGUGUACAAUUUGGCCCCAGAUACAGAGGAAAACCUCUUGUGGCAGCUGUUUGGACCCUUUGGAGCUGUGCAAAGCGUCAAGGUCAUCAGAGAUUUGCAGACCAAUAAAUGCAAAGGAUUUGGUUUCGUCACGAUGACCAAUUACGACGAAGCUCUAGUCGCUAUCCAGAGUCUAAACGGAUACACUCUGGGCAACAGAGUCCUGCAGGUGUCAUUCAAGACGAAUAAAUGCAAAUCCUAAAUAUAGAAGGUGACCCAUAAGAUGAAAAUUAAAAAAGAAAUUGGCUACCUCUAUUGUUAAAACAACAAAUAUCCCAGGAUAAUUAUUUAAAACAUUUAUUUAAAACCCACUUUCCUUUUUUACUCUUUUUCAAGAGUAAAUUAUUUCUGCUUAUAUAUUUGGAAAAAAAUCUUUGCAUAAAAUUACCUUUUUUAUAACAUUCAUCAUUACAAUAAUUA